AAAAGUCGGACCAAAUAACUUGUCGUACGGCGUAAUGGCGCUUUUCCUGGACACCAGACUUCUAGUGAGAAAGGCUAAAGAUUUAAGAUGUUUGACCCCAAAACGGAACAGAGUGAAAGAAAAAUGGGCUGCUACACGUCCCAAAUACCCCCCCACCAGACUAGCUUUGCAGCACUUUGAUGCCACCUACCCUGCCCAGUUAGGGCCGCUGUGGCCAUCAGUCCGAGUUGCCCUGUUGUCAGAGCGGAAAUAUGGAGCCCUGCUGAAUAACUUCUCCCAAGAUGACGGCCUGGCAGCUCUCCAAGCCCAGGGAUGUAGAGACUUCAUCAGAGAUGGGCAGACUCAGUCAUCCUUUGAGCAAAACUCAGAACCUGGAGUUAAAGAGGAAUGCAGCGAUCAGAUAUCUCCCGUACAUCUCAGUCCAAAUGUAAAGUGUUUGGUGUUUCCUAGAGGGGAUGUCACACGAUUCAAGCCUGCAAGGCCAGACAAGUUCGGCCUGCUGGGUUAUUAUCUGAUGGAUGCAGCAUCUUUGUUGCCAUGUCUGGCUCUGGAUGUCCGUGAGGGUCACGCUGUGCUUGACCUCUGCGCUGCUCCAGGUGGCAAGACCCUGGCUUUGUUUCAGACUCAGAUGAUCAGAUUUUUGUGCGUGAAUGACUCAUCUGUGUCUCGAACUAUGAGACUCAGAAAGGUCCUCCACAGCUACAUCCCUAAACAUUUUUUGACAAACGAGAAGCUACGCAUCACUUCAUUUGAUGGCACCAAAUGGGGGGAGAUUGAAAGGAACACAUUUGACAGAGUCCUUGUUGACGUUCCCUGCACCACAGACAGGCUUUCGCUCAUAGAGGACGAUAACAACAUUUUCAAUAAGAACAGAGUUGGAGAGAGACGAAGGUUGCCACAGCAACAGCUGGAGCUGCUGUUAGCGGGAAUCCAAGCAGCCUGUCCAGGUGGAGAGAUCCUUUACUCCACUUGCACACUCUCUCUAAACCAGAACCUUAGUGUGAUUGGACAAGCCAUCCACCUUGCUCAAGAGAACCAUGGCAUUUGUCUGCAGGUCGUCAGUCUGCGACCUCUGACACACAUGUUUAGGAACACCUUCCACUUUGCUCCUGACAUCCCCCUGGGUGAGAUGGUCAUCCCACAUUUAGCUGCUAACUUUGGACCCAUCUACCUGUGCAAGCUAAGGAGGCUGAUUUAAGCUCUGCUAUGCUGGAUUUGAUGUUUUUCUCAAAGCUUGUGGACUUGGACGUGCCGAGAAACUCAGUUAAUAAACCUGACUAUUGUUGUGUUUUUCACAAUAAAUAUGUAGUUGGACUUGGACAUCUACAUCAUACUUGCAGUAGGUGUCUACAGUAGCUCAGGAGUUCUCGAGUCCUGUAUGUUCUGUGGCCACUAGGGGACACUAAGCAUAUACAUAUGAAGGUUGCAGGAAUGUUGCAUGUAUGUGCUCCUGCACUGUGACAGAUCUUGGAGAUGAUGCUUCAAGUUCACAUUACUGAAACACAAAUUUCCUUCAGAAUUACUUGCUCUCUUUUACUCUGCAGUGAAAACAGAUUUGGCUUGUUGGUUGUUCAUCAGGUUUAAUGGUUUUGCCUAAUAAUGUUUUAUGUGCCUGUGUGGAAGGAGGAGAUAAUGAACAGGCAGGUAAUGACUUGUUUGACCAUUUGGCUUCUCAAAUCUGAAUCUGUGCAACUUGGAUUGACUCCGUUUUGCAUCGCCAUCACUCAGAGGUGAAAUGUCUCCUCUUAUCUCAACCUAAUGUGAGCGCAGAGGUGCCUCUUUUGCCAUCACACUGCCGAUGACCCUUUAUGUUGUCCUGGUCAGGCAAUGUAGCGUGAAAAAGGUGUGUAUAUGUAUGUGUGCAUCAACGAAUCCACAUCCUACUGUCAUUAAGCUGCUCUGAGUGCCGGAGCCGAGUGCAGGGAUGGACGGCAGCCAUGCGGCUCCCAGAUGAACAUUAAAGAGGCAGUAGAGAGCUAAAAUGGGACAACUCGCCCUGUUUUACCCCUCCGCUUUUUUAUUCCACAGAUGAGUGCAGAUAAUUUUCUGUGUGAUUGUGAGUGAUUACUGUAUUACUGUGGCAAAAGGGGGAUGUAUUGGGGAGUGCAGAGGGAAUUAAUGACACAUAAAAACUAUUUUUGUAUUGAGUGCGUUCAUCCCCAGGGUCUUGAAUGCCUCUUCGCAUAUCUUGUGAUUACCUAAACGUAUUGUAAAUAUGUGUUUCCUAUGGGCUCUUACAUAAAUUUACAUGUUUUAACACUCAGGAGACGGCAGGCUGUUAGAGAUGAGUUACUUGCCAGUCUGCCUGUCUCUAGACUCGACUGGCUGCCUGCUUUAUUAUUGAAUUAGCCAAUGAAGCGCUGUGCAUUUGUGUCCCUGUGUGUAAGCCUGUGUUAGGAAGACAUGUAUUAGAAAGAUGAAUAUUAUGGAGUUAUCUGCACAGCCCUGCUUCUGUUGUGUUUUCGAACACAAUUUAAAUGUUACAUUUUUCUAAUAAACAUGAUAAAACUG